AGCGAGACAAGGAGAACCGGCAUCGGAAGCGCAGCCAUAGCAGGAGCCGAAGCCGAGACCGGAAGCGUCGGAGUCGCAGCCGGGACAGGCGCAAUCGGGACCAGCGAAGUGCUUCUCGGGACCGGAGGCGGCGCAGCAAACCGUUGACCAGAGCUGCUAAAGAGGAACAUGGUGGAGUAAUUCGUUCUCCUCGUCACGAGAAGAAAAAGAAGAUCCGCAAAUACUGGGAUGUCCCGCCGCCUGGCUUUGAGCACAUCACCCCCAUGCAGUACAAAGCCAUGCAAGCUGCCGGUCAGAUUCCAGCCACUGCCCUUCUUCCCACUAUGACCCCUGACGGCUUGGCAGUGACGCCUACACCUGUGCCCGUGGUUGGGAGCCAGAUGACCCGGCAGGCCCGUCGACUCUAUGUUGGCAACAUCCCCUUUGGCAUCACAGAGGUACUGCCCCUCCCUCCUUCCCUCUUCCCAUUCCCUCCCCACUCCCUGUAAUCCAUAUGGGUCAGACCCUCCCCCCCCGGCCCCCUUCCACUGCAGACGGAUGAUGGCGCUGUUUCAGGGGCCGGGGGGUGGCCCUCCUUUCCUCCCCUCCCCUCCCUCACCCCAGGGAACAUACCUGUGCACCUACUGGAGAGAGGGACAGAGACUCACGCACGCCGUCUCCCCGACUCCCGUUUUUUCUCUUGUUCUCUGGCGCCGUCUCUUCCCCUGCGCUCCCUCCCGUCGUUGCAGUUUUUUUUGGCCCAUUCCCCAUCCCACAUCCCUCUCCCCCCCCUUUCCCUCCGCCCCAAGAAUCCCCAGAUCAAAGAGUUGUUUCCAUUUCUCUUUAAAGUGAAAAUUGUGGGGCUGAGAUCCCUCGUAGCAAUUUUGCUACCGUCGUCCAAGGCAAGUAAGGGCCAUUCUGGCUUUUCUCAAACCUGCGCUUUUUGCUACAUUUGAUAAACUAGCCCCCGGAAUCCAGGGCCAGGCCCCUCCACAUCACUCUUCUCUCCCUCCCCUUCCCCCGUCCUCUUCCCUCUGUCCCUGUCCACUUUGGUGCUCUCU